AUGCUGCUGCUGGCAGCGCUUGUGGCCACAGCCGCUUGGUCUUAUGGAUUUGCACAAGAAAUUCCUGUGCAGAGCCCUAUAUCCAUCACCAGGUUCCAAAAAACUGUACGGAUGACAUGUGAAAUUAAAACAUUAGGGGCAAAUUUUGAUAGCACCAUCAUACACUGGUAUCAACAGAAGGAGGGUAAAGCUCCAGAGAGGCUCCUAUACUUUUCAGGAGGGAAAGCUUCAGUUGAAAGUGGCUUUAAAGGGGACAGGUACAUGGUUGAAAAAGUUUCUGGCCAGACACGGUGUGUUCUUACAAUAAAAGGAGUAAUUCCAGACGAUGCUGCUACUUACUACUGCGCCUACUGGGAUGAGUAUUACAAAGUCUUCGGAACUGGCACAAAGCUUAUUGUUUCUGACAAAGGAAAUUCUGCACCGGCAAACUCUGAAAUCCUGCAGAAGAAACAUGAAAAUCAGAUAACAUAUGUUUGCCUUAUUGAGAAAUUCUACCCGGAAGUUAUUCGGGUGACAUGGACUGAUGAAGAAAGUAAGGAGGUAACAGACAACGUAGUAAAAGGAGACACCUGGAAGCCCACAAAAGAGGAUGAAUACUCAAUUGGCAGCUGGUUAACUGUACCAGUGGAGAACAAAGACAAGAAAUAUUACUGCAAAUACGAGCAUGAAAGCCAACUGGAUUCACUGUCGACACAAGAUUCUACAAAGAUGGCUCCUCAGGAAGAGGACUGCAGCACAUAUCCCAGAAACAGCACAGUUUUUAAUAGAGAUCACUUAAUGCACAGGACAGCAUACUUGGUGUACCUCGUCCUUCUUCUGAAGAGCUCCAUGUACUAUCUCAUCGUACUCUUCUUCAUCUACAGAAUGUGGGUUCCAACCAAGCACCAAGGAAAGAAAGCAUAAAUGCUGGUUUAGGAAAGGCUUACAAAAUCAUCUUCAAUUUGCUUUGCUAUAUACUUAUCCAUAUAAACUCCCCUGCUCUCAGUGUUAAAUGUAACAACAACAAAAAAUCCCAAAAUAAUUUUCUGGCAUUAGUGCCUAGAGCUUGUUUUGCUUUACUGCUAGUGUUUUUAUAUCAGUCUGGUUUUCCUAAUUUUUCUGAGUAUUGAACUGAGGUGGGCAAUAGGAGUAAGGUUACUUACCUUGGAUUUUAAUCCGAAGUCCAUAUUGCAAAAUGAGGAAGGUACUCACAUUAAAAGUAGUUAUGCAUGCCGAAGUUUAGAGGAGUAACAGGGCUUUUGACAUAUAACACACAGAUGUGUUUUGUCAUUGCGCUUAAGGCCUAAUUAGGAGCAUUCCUGUGCUGUAAAUUCACAGAUAUUUGUUAAUUUUUACUUUCAAUGAUUUAUUGCAACUCUCAUGUAUCCACCAAAUCAGGACUUAAAUAUUCUGAAGUGAUGUGCACUUUAAGAGUCAAUUAAACACAACUUUAAAAAGUGAACAUAAUAUUUUUGAAUGAAGAAGUUAGACGAGCAUCAAAGCAAUUCUAAGGUGCACACAUACAGAAACGGAAGAAAUCCACCAGGCCCCACACCAGCACUGUGACACAGACUGAAAACCUGCAUAUUGUAUUUUUAAAGAAAGAAAACAAUUGUAAUGAUCACGAACAUCAUCUUGUUUAGAGAUACCUUUUUAAGUUGAGCAAAACCUUAAAUCUGAAGCUUUGAUAGAGAAAGUGUUUUCACAAUAGAGGAAAAAUUCUCAGAUGUUGGACUUUGAACUCUUCAUCUCCAAGUUCCACAAAUCAGUUCCUUUCAAAUUUCUGUGGAAAAAUUGGAAGUAGACAUAUUGGGGUAAAGCAUUUGCUCAGUUUGGGGCAAAACACUGCCAUAAGUUUGGAGGUAAGUGCCUGCAGCAUUUACACUCACUACAUUUGUAAUGAUGUAGAGGGCAAUAAAAGCUUUCCUCCAGGUGCAUUUGUGAGGCCUGUGUUUAUUCUCCAACAUUUCCACAGCAUGUACCAAGAUGGCUAGAAAACCUGAUUCAUUUCUCUGUUGGUAUAAAUUCCUCAGGAAA